AUGGCUGAAGAAGAAGAAAGAACAAUGACCGUUGCGAAUCCAGUUCUUAGCAUUACUGGUGUGAUAAUGAAACUCCUUAACGGGUUGAAUUCCGGCUUAAAACCGAUGAUCGAACACCGGAUCUCGCUUUUACAAGUGAAGGAUAUCGUACCAGCCGAUCUUGACGAAAAGAAUCUUUUGCCAAAACAUGGGUUUUACGUCAAGGUAUCGGAUUCAUCCCAUUCGAUCUAUGUUAGUCUUCCGUUUGAACAAGAUGACCUAGUUCUUAGCAAUAAGAUUCAACUGGGUCAGUUCAUUUACGUUGAUCAACUGGAUCCUGGUUCCCCUGUUCCAGUUGUGAAAGGUGCAAAACCAAUUCCGGGAAGACACCCUUUUAUAGGGACUCCUGAACCAUUAAUGGGUUUGAGAGAAAAAGGUGAAACGAAGAUUAUGAGUCAUUUAAAGAAACCAUUUGGUUCGAAAAGAAGUUUAUGGGAACAUUCUUGUUCAAUUUCGUCUCCAUUGGUGAUGAAACCUGUUCCUCUUGAUUUUGAUCAGUGUACACCGGUGAAGAAGAGUAUAUUUCCGAUGUCUCCAUUAUUGAGAGGACGCAAAGAAAGAAGCUUGACUGCAUCUAGAUCGUCUGAAGGCGGUGGGAUUUUGUCGAAAAUUGUGGAAAGUCCUGGUUUGGUUAGAAAAAGCUGCAUCACGCCGUCUAUAUUGAAAUUUCCAAGAAACAACGAAUCGAGAAUACCAGAAACACAUUCAACCCAACAACAACAACAACAACAGAAAGGAAAGUCUCUAGCCCUUCUCCAAUGA